UUUCCGGCCCCACUGCCGGAGACAUGUGGCCCGGCGCGACCGGUCGUCCCAAACCUGCGGUGUCCACUCUCGGACGACACAAUUCAGUUGUGAAAGAUUACAAAAGAAGAGACGAAGGGACCUGGGCCAAAUCACGGCGUAGGAUGCCACGGGAGGUAUUCCCUUGACAGAACAUGCAAACGACCAUGUCUGAAGGCGAGGCCAAGGUCAUAUCUACUGAGCCGCUCUCCGAGAGCGAGGCGGUGUGGACCAAGCUGGUGAAAACGACAUACAGAGACCCCAAGGGCGUGAUACGAACAUGGGAAUCGGCUGAGCGGCGCACCCGUCCAAAAGACAGCGAGAUCGAUGGAGUAGGCAUAGUCGCCAUCAUCCAGAAGGAGACUGGUAUGCCACUACAGUCUUCUCUCGCUCUCUCUCUCCCUCCCCUCUCUCUGGUCCCCUGAAGCCAACCAAGUCAUCUGUCUAGGCCCCGAGAUCGUGCUCCAGAAGCAGUACCGCCCGC